AUUGUUUCUUUUGUUAAUUCUCCGACUUAUGCAAUUUCUGGUUAUCUUGCGAGAAUUUUGUCGCCUGUUGUUGAGAAUACUGAUUACACUGUCAAAAAUUCCUGCGAAUUUGCGGAUUUCAUAAGAGAUAAAACUCUUAACGCUUGUGAAGAAUUAGUAUCUUUCGACGUUGUUUCGCUUUUCACUAAAAUCCCAGUUGAUCUUGCCGUUAAGGUUGCGGAGGAGAGACUCAGAGAAGAUGCUUCGGUAAAGUUUCCGUACAGCCCCAUACUAUUGUAAAACAAAUCUGUUUUCCCAAUGGAAAUGUAUUGUUUCUGUCAUUGUUUUCUCUAUUCAAGAACUGAAUGCAUAAUGUAGUAUGGGGCUGUGCGGAAAUUUUACCGAUGCUUCCCUGGGACAAAGAACUUCUUUGCCUGUGGAGGAUAUUAUUCAUCUACUGUCUUUUUGCCUCAAAACCACGCAAUUUACAUAUAACGGCACCUACUAUAAACAAGUUUUUGGUACAGCGAUGGGUUCGCCCGUCUCUGCUGUCAUUGCUAACAUGGUAAUGGAAGACGUGGAACAAAGGGCCUUAGCCACUUCACCGGUUAAACCCUUUUCCUGGAAACGAUAUGUCGAUGAUGUUAUUUCUGCUGUAUCCGGUAAUGAAGCGUAGCGCCUCUUGUCGCAUUUGAAUUCAGCAGAGCCGUCGAUCCAAUUCACUCUUGAGCGUGAAAAGGAUAGACAUUUGCCCUUUCUUGAUUUAAAUGUGUCCAGAGGGGUUCAGGGUAAUUUAGAGACAAGUGUCUACCGUAAACCUACCCACACCGACAAAUACCUCGCCUGCGAUUCUAACCACCCUAUUUGCCAUAAAAAGUCUGUAGCCAAAACUUUACUUAGGAGGGCUGACUGUCUUCUAUCCUCACUCGAUUCGAAGGCUGAGGAGAGGAUAUAUGUUUCCAAUGUCCUAAAGGCAAAUGGCUAUACAAAACCUUUUCUCCGUAACUGCUAA